UAGGAUGGUAACGUAGACAGAGUCCAGAGAAACUGCUUACUGCUCUCAUAAAACGUUUGAAUAAAAUAAAUCAUGAAACUUAAGUGUUGUGUUGGUGGUUGUGAUGCAACAAAGGAGAAUAACCGUUUAUUUUGUUUCCCUAAGAUCGACUCCCUCAGAAAUUUGUGGCUUAACUUUAUAGUACCUAGAAAUCCUCAUCUUAUCGGUCUGUCAAAAGAACAGCUGAGAAACAAACGCGUUUGCGAGAAACAUUUUGAUAAACAUCAGUUUGACGGAGAGGGCAAGAGAAUACGGUAUUCCUAUCCUUGUUUGUUCAGGGAUGAAGAAAUAGCAUGCGGUGAACCUCUUGCUCCUCCUGGAACUGUGUAUGACGCUUUGAGCGAUCACAAUUACUGCAAAGAGUACAGUGAUGAUGAAAAUGAAGAUUUAACAAACUUGGUUGUUGGAAGAGCAGGUGAAGGUUUUAAUGAUCACCUGGCUUGUGUCAAAGCUUCCGCAUCUGAAAUUGAUAUUAAAGGUGAAGAUUCAAACUACCCUACAUUUUCUAGUCCUAUUGAAAGUUAUGUAUGUGCAGAAUCAAUACAUAUUGACACUCAAUCGGAACUGAUUGUGGAAGUGACAAUAUCUGAAAGGACAACUACAGAAAAGACCAAAACUACGAAACAAAUGUGUACACUAAUUUUUGAUGAACUAUCAUGCGUUAAUAUUUUUGGUCAGAGGAACUUAUAACUCCUGGCGUUAAAGUAUAUAUUGUUAUUUAUGUGAAGGAAUAACUGCUACCACCUUCAAAAUAAAAUAUUUAAAACCAGAUUGUGGUGGUGGUAUAAAUCAGACAUUCCAUUUUAUCGUUUUUGUGACCGAUAUUUAACAUUUAGAAUAGCUAUAAUGGAUAAAAUAUCAGCCAAUAAGUCAAAGGAGAAACUGUGCAAUUUUAAAAUGUCCUGAAUUCUUGCAGAAUGAUGGCACAACCAUAAUCACUGGCUGUGAAAUAAGUAUAUUAUUUGGUCCUUAUAUUAUGUUAAAAGUGGUGAGAAAUAAUUUUCUAUAAAAAAGUAAGAUGGAAAAUUAUCCAAAUUAUCUAUCAUUUGGAUAGCCAGUUACCUCACACAAAGGACAACUAAACUAACUUAUAAGAUUGUGUGAAAACGAAAAAAAUAAAUAUAAGAAAAUUAAAAAGAAAGACAACACGAUUUCAGUGCUCAAACAUUAUGAAAUAUUAUACAGAUGCACUAAAUAAAUAUUACAUUAGACUAGCAGGAGCAAAAAUGAUUUAACCCCAUUUGUUACUCAAGAGGAGAUAUUAUAGAAGAACUGAUAAGGAAAAUUUGGUUGCAUCCCUCAUUUUUGAUAGAGCCUAUUUAAAUGCUAAAAAGCAUUCAAUUUAAAGCAUUACUUAAAUAAAAAAAAAUGAAAU